AUGAACGACUGCGCGAUCAGAUUACCGAGUGAGGACGACAAGUGGCUGACCUUCAACAAUUACAACUGUAAGGAACGUGUACCGUUUGUCGUAUACGCCGACUUGGAGUGCACUCUGGAGAAGAUGGACAAGGAUUCGAUAACGUCUAGAUAUGCGUAUCAACAUCAUGAAGUAUUUAGCGUUGGAUAUUACGUGCGUUGCUCGUACGACGAUUCAUUGUCCACAUACCAAUCUCGUCGCGAUAAAGAUUGCAUCACGUGGUUCGUCGAGCAACUCAAAGUGUUAUCACAACAUGUAAAAGAAAAGUUGUCCAAUAAUGUCCCAAUGGAAAAUUUGUCGAAGGAACAGUGGAGGGCAUACCGUAGCGCGACGCAUUGCCACAUAUGUCAAAAACCGUUCGCACUGGGUGACGAUAGAGUACGCGAUCACUGCCAUUUGACCGGAAGAUAUAGAGGUCCCGCGCAUUCGAACUGCAUCGCUGAAAAAUCAGAUUGGCGAAAUCGUAUGAAAUUGCGAUUCAUCGAUUCAUACAAAUUUUUAACUGCCAGUCUCGACAAACUAGCGUCUCUUCUCAGCAUGGAUAAUUUGAAAAUUACACGUUCAAAUUUUUCAAAGUUAUCGAUGGAAGAUUUCAAUCUAUUGACGCGAAAGGGUGUCUUUCCGUAUGAGUACGUUGAUUUCGUCGAAAAGUUGGAGGACGCGUGUUUACCACCGCGCGAAUCAUUUUACAGUUCCUUGACCGGUGACACAGUAUCCGAGAACGAUUACGCGCACGCUGCGAACGUCUGGCGGCGGUUUGCCAUUCAAUCCUUGGGCAAGUACAGCGACCUGUAUUUGAAAACGGAUGUCAUGUUGUUGGCGGACAUUUUUGAAAAUUUCCGAGACAAAUUCAUGUUUAUCGAGCGUAGUAUACGCGGCGGCCUGAGCCAAUGCUCCGGUAAAUAUGCACAGGCUAACAACAAGUAUAUGCACUCGCAUGAUCCGUCGAAAGCUUCCUCAUACUUGAUGUACUUCGAUGUAAAUAAUCUAUACGGAUGGGCAAUGUGUCAACUACUGCCAUACGCUGAAUUUCGCUGGGUUGACGAUGUUGCAGAUUUUGACUUUAGCGCGAUCGCCUCGGACUCGCCCACGGGUUACAUUCUCGAGGUCGAUCUCGAGUACCCGCAAAGUAUACACGACGAGCACACUGACCUACCGUUCUGUCCGACGCGUGAUAAGCCGCCCGGCAUGUGGCAGGCAAAACUUCUGGCGACUCUAUAUUGCAAGAAGCGUUACGUCAUUCACUAUCGAAACCUACAGCAAUGCACGCGUCAGGGUCUUCGCGUCACAAAUAUACAUCGCGUACUACAAUUCGCACAAUCCGCGUGGCUCCGCGAUUAUAUUGAACUAAAUACGCAAUUUAGAACACUCGCCAAGAACGAUUUUGAGAAAAAUUUGUAUAAAUUGAUGAACAACGCAGUAUUCGGUAAAACUAUGUGUUUGAGAUUCCUCCAGUUAUCUCAAUUGUACUGCCCUCGCCAUCUCACGGUUAUUCACGAGGCCCAGUGGUACCGCGCGCGCGACCGCGCGACCGGGUAA